AAUAAUCAAGUGUGGGUGUUUGUAAGUGAAAGAUGGGGAGAGGAAAGAUUGAGAUCAAGAGAAUUGAGAACUCAAGCAACAGGCAGGUCACCUACUCAAAGAGAAGAAAUGGAAUCAUAAAGAAGGCUAAGGAGAUCACUGUUCUUUGUGAUGCUAAAGUCUCUCUUGUUGUCUUUGCUAGCUCUGGCAAGAUGCAUGAGUAUUGUAGCCCUUCCACUAAGUUGGUUGAUAUCUUGGAGAGUUAUCACAAGCAGUCUGGGAACAGGUUGUGGGAUGCUAAGCAUGAGAACCUAAGCAAUGAGAUUGAUGGGAUCAAGAAAGAGAAUGAUAGCAUGCAGAUUGAGCUCAGGCAUUUAAAGGGAGAAGAUAUCUCAUCUUUAAACCACAAAGAACUCCAGGUCAUUGAGGAUGUUCUUGAGAAAGGACAGGCCAACAUUCGAGACAAGCAGGAUGAGAUCGUCACAAUGCUCAGGAAAAAUGACAAGAUGUUGGAGGAAGAAAAUAAGAGCCUCAUUUUUAAUUUGCAACAGCGAGCAGAGAUGGGCAUGGAAAAUGGGUAUCAGCAGCACAUAACGAGGCUACAGGACUACAAACCUGAACAGAUGCCUUUCUCCUUCCGUGUGCAACCCAUUCAGCCUAAUCUGCAAUACAGGAUUUAGGGAUAUAUAUAUAUGCAUGGAACUCCCUAUAUAUCUUGCUUUCUUGAGAUUAAGUUUGUGUUACUUACUGGGUCUGUAAUGAAGAACCCAACUAGUUAACUAGUACUAGACUGCUUGAACUUAAUUUGUAAUAAUUAACUCUUGUGUGUGAGCUUUUUAAACUUUUGAACAAUUCUUAUGUUUUUUUUUUUUUUUUUGAGAAGAACAAUUCUUAUGUUUUCAAACUAAUUAAGGUCAUG